AUGGAACCAACCCUUGAAAACUGUAUUUUAGGCCUUUUAAAUCGCUUAGAUCGGGAAAGACUUCUUAUUGAAAUCAGUCAAUUAUUAGAAUCUGGCUCUUGGACAAUCCCAUUAAACAUCCUAAAAGAAAGCAAGCAAAGUGUCCAAAAUCUCGCAACUUCAGCUCCUGAUUUAUUCCUCUAUGCAGUAGCCUUUUACUACGUAAAAUUCAUCCAAUCAAUAAAUUUUAUAAAUCUAGAGUCUGAAUAUACUCUUAUACCUGAAUACCUAAAGACAAUCAAAAUUAUGAAAACUCUAUGCAGCAAAAUAAAUAUAGGUGAUGUGAAUUUUGAGCCUUUUCUAAAAAGCAUCAUUAAUUCCAUAAAUGAGACCUUCUUGUCUUAUGAAAGCAUUGAAAAGACCUUUGAAUCUCUAAAUAUCUUUAAAAAAAUUGAAGUUGACUUUGAAAUCCCUAUUUCAGGACAAACGCGAUGAUGCGAGUAUAUAGAUCUUGAAAUUCAAGAAUUUGUGAAAACUGAAGAAGACCUCAUGAAAAGCUAUUUUGUUAUAAAAACAGUAAAAGAAGCAUGAAACUUCGAUUUAUAUAGUUCUGAUCAAUCAUGGAUUGCAAAAGCUCGUAGACGGCUAAGAGAGGAAAAUGCAGUAACUUGUGAUAAAAGUCUUAUUGAGAAUAUUCUGAUAUAGUGCGUGCCCCCCGAUAGAUUUUAAAGGAAAAUACCCUUCAAAGAAAAGAUUAUUUUGAAAUUCCAAAAAGUCAAAUAUCAAUUUAAAAAUGUCGUUAUAUAUGUCCUAUUUGUCAUUUGAAAAUUGACUUUUCAGAUUUUUCCUUAAUUUAAAUUCAAAAUUUUUUAUCUAAAAGCACUUGUCCUCAGGGAUAUAAAAUGAGGCUUGUGCUAUACUCUUAUAUCCCAUUAAUGAUUUAUAUCCUAAAUAG